UAGGCAGUAAGAAAGCAGCUAUGUGUUGCAAGGUCGUACUGUCUUUGCACUUACCCAUAUACUGGAAAGGGCGUAAAGUUGUAGGACUAUUUUAUGCCGAAAGUAGAUUAUCUGACAAGUGUAAUGCCUUGGAGAAAACCUGUGUUGUACUUCGUGGUGAUGACGACUCUCACCUCCCUGUUGAAACUUGGCAAUGGACAAGAAGCAGGGGCUGUUUUGCAACUUACACCCCAAGAGACCAACUCAGAUGCAUCCAUGCGCUCUGGUAUGUUAAGAAUAAGAAGCAAUCUGCACUCGGGAAAUGUGAUGCAUGAUGGAAAAAAUGAACCAGUGGCGACUACUGGAGACGGAUCGCUUGCUGACACAAAAAUACCGACUACUGAGCACACAGUGAUGGAUGCAAAACUGAAGCACCUGAACCCAUCAGUGCGAUGCAGUAACAACUCAAUGACUCUGAAGGUCAAACGCAUGAGAGCUCCUUUUCUGGUGGACAGUGGCGAGGGACCUCCUGUUCCCCUGUCUCACAUACCAUCCAGUUGUGGCUUCUCUGUGAGGAGGUCCCGGAGAGAUGUGCACUUUGUAGCACCUUAUCAGGGCUGCCAUGUUACCCAGCAGGAUGGCAAUUAUGUGCUACCACUACGUUUUAGAGGGACACCAAUGACAAUGUCUUGCCCUGUUGCACCACCUCCACCAUCUGUUUGCUGCUUCCCAUCCGGGAUGGUGGUGAAAAUCGGUGGUAUUAUAGCAAGUGGACUCAAAGUGAAAGUGUCUGGCAUGUGGGAGUCCCUCUCAUCAGUCUGUGACAGUUGUGGAUUUGCUUUGGAGGAGCACUCUGGAGGACUGAUACUCACUGCACCCUACCACAAGGGACUGUGCAUAGAGAUGAAGAGUGAUGAGUACUUACUCUCUCUUCUCUUGGCUGAUGGGGAGCUGUUAGUCACAUGCCCUUCACGAAAAGAUGUUCAGAAACCUACUACUCCUAGUCAGGGCGGCCCGUCCCUGCAGUAUCCCCAGUUCCCAGUGUUUCCACAAGAUUGGGUGUUUCCUGGGCCUGUUCCUCAAACACAGAGGCCCGCUCCUGUCACAAAUCCAGUGGUACAGAUGCCACAACGUCCCAUGUUUCAAAGACCAAUGCAUCCGCCUAGUAUUACCACAAGCCCCACCACUGAUAGACAAGACAUUGCCCCUGCUCAGCACCCAGAAAUCUCCUUUAUGUCACAGUAUCCCUGGUUGUCUCAUUACCCAAUGUUUCCCAGGCCUGUACCAUCAAUGCAAUCUCCCUCUGUCAAUAAGAACAGUAGUGCGCCUCCUGGCCAAUUACCUCAGAUGCCACCAUCCCAACAGUGGCUCAUGGCGCAAGGAGCUCUCCAUGCAAUGCCUCCUCAUGCUACUACCGCACAAGCUUUUUUCAACAGACCUGUCCCCACUGUGGAAGAUGUGAUGCCUCAGCUCCACCAACAACCACAGUUUCCAGGACUUCCACAACAUGCUUUCCCACUAUCCCCCAAUUUACCGCUGCAUCCAGAAAGUGGCCCUCACGGCUCUGCUACAGCCGUGGACACACUUAAACCUGGAAUCCAUGGACACCAGCAGCAUGCAAAUCCUCAGACCUACCAGAUGCCUGUUGUGUAUCCCCCUCCUAAGUAUCCUAUUCAAAAAGGAAAUGUUCAUUCACUUAAACCUCAGACUGCUCCUCCUGCCACCAGCCAAACAACCACUGCAUCUACUGCUGUUUGGCCGCCUCUUCAGAGGCCAUUUUAUCACCCAAACCUUUACAUGCCAUCUUAUUAUCCUCAGCAAGCGCACAAUGCACCAGCUAAAUCUACAAUCCCAAAUUCAUCUGGUCAGUCUGGACCUCAGAAUCACCAUCCCAUCCACUCAUUUGAUCGCUUCCGUCAUCAGUGGCAAGAUUCGCUUGCAGGAGGCACUCAUGGAAAUGUUGACAACCCGCAGCAGCAUCAACAAGUCCCCUUCAUGCCUUUCGAUGCACUGCAGAGAUAUGGCUAUGGCAGCUGGGGCAUGCCCUAUGCCUCUUAUCUUUCACCUAGCAGAGAGGCCUCUCAUCCAUAUCAUGAAAAAAAAUAAUCCUUGACAAAGUGUGUAAUCCAUACACAUUUGAUCUGUCUUGUAGUUGAAUGAAAGCACACAUUUUUGUGAGAGAAAAUAAAAAUUACACUUA